GCCAGCGCCCCCGUGUACAUCUAUCGCGACCUCGGCGGCGCCGGCUACUGGGUCUGGUCCAUCACCGCCAAUUUGCUGGCCACGGCCGCCAUCUCGCCCUUCGUCGGCGCGCUGUCUGAUCUUUUCGGCCGCCGCUAUGUCGCCAUCGCCGGCAACAUCACCAUCAUCCUCGGCCAGGUCCUCUGCGGCGCGGCCCAUAGCAUGGACAUGUUUAUCGCCGGCAUGUCCAUCACCGGCAUCGGCACCGGCAUCAACGAACUAACCGCCCUAGCCGGCACCGCCGAGCUCGUCCCCCUCUCCCGGCGCGGCUACUACAUCGCCGGCAUGGUCCUGACCGUGCUCCCCUUCCUCCCAUCCGCCAUGUACGCCCAGCUGAUCGCGUCGGUCGCCAACUGGCGGUAUAUUGCCGUGCUGACUACUGUCUGGACGUUUCUGGGACUGGUGGCUACCGCGUUGUUUUAUACGCCCCCGCCGCCGUUGCAUGCGCGCCCGCGGACGUGGGGGGAGAGGAAGGCUUUGCUGAGGAGGACGGACUUGGUCGGGGGGUUGUUGUCGAUUGGAGGGUUGGCUGGGUUUGAGGUUGGGAUUCUCGGUGGGGGAUAUCAGUACCCCUGGACCGCCGCCCGCGUGCUAGCCCCCCUAAUCAUCGGCCUCGCCCUCCUCGUCGCUUUUGUGGCGUGGGAACUCUGGGGCGCCGCCCACCCGAUGGUCCCGCGCAACCUGAGCAAGGCACCCGGCACCCUGGCCCUGACCAUGGUCAUCACCUUUAUCUCGGGCGCCAACUUCUUUUCUGUGCUCCUGCUCUGGCCGCCUGAGGCUUAUAACGUCUACGGACACGAUCCCAUCGGCAUCGGCCUCCGCGGCCUCCCCUUCGCCUUCGGCGUCUUCACCGGCUGUCUCCUCUCCCUCACCCUCCUCUCCCUCCUCCGCGCCCGCCACACCCGCCUCCUCCUCCUCUUCGCCUCCUGCCUCAUGACCGCCGGCUGCGGCUGCCUCGCCCUUGCCACCCCAAAUCCGCAUAACCUACACACCGUCGUGUACCCUGUGCUAUUUGUGGCCGGGUUGGGCGUGGGGGGAAUCACGAUCCCGGUGUCGACGCUCGCGACGUUGUUGUGUCCUGGCGGUGAGGUCAUUGCGACGGUGACGGCGUUGACGAUUGCGGUGAGGAUUGUGGGGGGCGCGGUGGGGUAUGCGGUUUAUUUUAAUGUGUUUGUGCAGAGGUUGGUGCCGGAGUUAUACGCCAGUCUGACAGUGGCGUGUGCGCGGAUGGGGAUUACGGACCGGAAGGUGGUCGGGGAGGUCAUUGAGUUGACGGCGGUUUCGUUGGUGAGGGAGAUUCGGUUCUUGCCGGGAGUGGAUGAGGAUAUCUGGGCGGAGCUGGUCAAGGUUGGGCAGGAGGUGUACGCUCGCGCGUACCCGUGGGUGUACUAUUGUAGUGUCGCCUUUGGGGGGGUGUCGGUGGUCGCGAGCUUGUUUCUCGGGGAUGUUUCGGGGUUGGUGGAUGACACUGUUGUCACUGUCAUCUAA